AAUGAUUUAGGAUUUCACUUUCUAACGAAUAUCUUCUUCUUCUAUGUAAACCAAAGAGUUAAAAUCAAAGUUUAUUAUUCAAAAGAAUAUUGGGUAUGGCGAUUAUGGAACUGUAUAUCAAGGUGUGAAUAUGCACACCAGAGAGACAGUCGCCAUCAAAGAAUUAUCCCAUCGUAUUAAUGAUUAAGGGAUAAAUGCUUAAGCACUAAGAGAGAUUGAAAUACUCCGAUCUCUUCAUUGUGAUUAAAUAGUGUUAUUUAAAGAAUUAGCUUAUUAAAAUCGAAAGACUUAUAUAAUAAUGGAAUAUGUGGAGGAAGAUUUGCUUACCGCUAUGAGAAGAGACAUCUUCACUGAGGUUUAAGCCAAGUAGAUUAUGUUUUAAGUCUUAAAAGGCUUAGCUUAUUUACAUGAUCUCGGCAUAAUACACAGAGACCUUAAACCUAACAAUAUUUUACACAAAAAUUUAACAAUUAAAAUUUGUGAUUUGGGAAUGGCUCAAAAUUUAAAAAAAUUCAAGCCUCAAACCACCAGAAUAUAAAAUCAUCAAUACAGGGCUCCAGAAGUGUUCCUUGGUUAAAAAUACUGCUCCAAGGUUGAUGUUUGGUCAGCAGGGGUUUUGUUUAUCGAACUUCUCUUUAGAAGCAAUCCCUUCAAGGGAUCGUCUGAAAUCAAUAGUUUUCAAUAAAUUUUAAAACUAUGUGGAACUCCUACUGAAGAAACUUGGUAAGGUGUGACCACACUAAGAAAUUACUCUAAAUUGAUCAACAGUGAGAGUUUUCCCAAGAUCUUACAUUCAUUACUUGAAAGGAAAAUGUCUCCCCUCUUAGUCAAUCUUAUAGACUAGAUGUUGACUCUUGAUCCUACGAAAAGGAUAUCCGCUCAGACAGCUCUAUAGCAUUUAUACUUCAAAGGUAUAAAUAUAGAUAGAUGUCUCAAAAUAAACGGGACAGGAAAAAAAAGAGUCUAAACUCAAAGUUAAACUGAAACCUAAGUGCAUAAUUAUCCAGAUGGAUAAAGAAUAAUUGUUAUUUCGAAAAAGUACUGA